AUGUUAUGGGGGAAGCCAAUUAAUACAGAAAGCCUGCGAAAAUUUAGUAAACGUAACAAAGAAUAUAAAACUCUACACCCAGUAAACAAAUCUCUAGAAUCACCAAGAAAUGAAAAGAAAGUAUCUGAAUAUGAUGAAGAUGAAGACUUAAUAGACUUUGAGAAACUGUAUGAAUGCUCCUCGACUUCACCUGGAUCUCGUCAUCAAGGCUUAGUUAUCGACGAGUUGGAGAAGUACCUAAGUAAACCCAGAGCCUCUAACUCGGAAGACAUUUUAGAGUGGUGUAGGACGCAUGAGACAGAAUAUCCGACUUUAUCGAAGAUGGCCCGUGAUUUUCUUUUAAUAACAGCAACUUCAGUACCUGCUGAGAGAUUAUUUUCUAAAGCAUCGUUGGUAAUUAGAAAACAUAAAAAUAGGUUAAGUGAUGAGUCAGCCAGAUAG